AUGGAGAAACUUUCGAAUCUGUUUGGGCAGGUCUUCUACACUCACCUUUUGUCGGAUGACAGUUUUGCGGCUGACAACUGGCGCGCCCUGAGUGCAGAAGUUUGGCAACUGGCGCAGGUCGCCCUGGAGCUUCCAGCCAUGGCUCUACCAGCAUCGGAGCUGAUGUAUGCAGCAGUGCAACAUGCUCGCUGUCACGAGCCAAAGAUGGAUAUGAUGGACUUCUACAUACAGCAGUGCCAUUUGCGCUGGCGAUAUUUGCUGAUGCUGACAGCCGAGACGGCGCGAAAUCUACUUCUGCAAGAUCGGAACAUCUUGGCUGGCAGCAAGCUGAUGAGCGCUGCACGCUCCUAUCUUCGAGAGAUGAAGCAGCUGCCGAAUGUUGAGCUGCUGCAGGGCUUUAGUACGCAUGAAGUGAGUUUCAACAUGGACUACUUCCCCGCUGCCACACUGCUGCAUGGCCCGGUCUGGAAGAAUCCAGUGCAGCUGCUGCCCGUGGCAAAGGUCUUGGAAGACAACUAUUUGAUGAUCCGUUCGGAGCUCGAAGGGAUCUUGAAAGCUGGCACUACGUUUCAUGACUUGGACCAAACCACCCGCAAUGCUGAGACACAGUUUGGCCCUCGAGGAGACGACUGGCUGACCGCGUAUCUCUUCCGGAAGGGGGAGCCUAUUCCACAGGUGUGCGCCCAUGCGCCGCAGACCUGCGAGCUGCUGCGGCAGCGUCCAGAGAUUGGACAGUGCAAGCAGCCGGGCUCGGGCGCCGGGUUCUUGCGGAUGCGCUUAAGCGUCCAUUUGGGCCUGAUCAUUCCGGAUGGUGAGAUUACCAUGUCAGUCGGCUAUGAAGAGGUGCGAUGGGAGGAAGGAAAGGUCAUUGCCUUUGAUGACACCUUCAUCCAUCAGGUUGUGCACAAUGGCUUGGAACCCAGAUAUGUGAUGAAUCUUUGGAUGUGCCAUCCAUGUGAUCCCUUUGAUGGACGGCUCCCGGGAUCAGCGCUGCCUGAGUACUGUGGUGGUCCACCAGGAGCCAUGCAUAGGCUGGGUUUACAGCCCUUGCCUGCAAAGCCUUCAUGA